UCGAAGCACCACCGAAAUACGUGCUCUUGAGUGUUUUUUAUUAAAAAGUGAAUUCUAAACUUUGUUCGUGAAUCGUGCAAACUUGUGUUCCUCUGUGAAAUAUCAGUGCUUGUAUUUAUCGACAGUGUUUGUGUUUUUAAAGCGUUCAAAAUGAAUAAAACUUGCGCAAGGUGCGAGAAAACAGUUUAUCCCACUGAGGAACUGAAAUGUUUGGAUAAGGUGUGGCAUAAAGGAUGUUUCAAAUGUCAAGAGUGCGGUAUGACGCUGAACAUGCGCACGUACAAAGGAUACGGGAAGCUGCCGUAUUGUGAAGCACACGUGCCAAAAGCCAAACACACAACAAUGGCGGAGACGCCGGAACUGAAGCGGAUAGCUGAAAAUACGAAGCUACAGAGCAAUGUCAAGUAUCACGCCGACUUCGAGAAGAGCAAGGGGAAAUUCACACAGGUAGCCGACGAUCCAGAAACAUUAAGAAUCAAAGCCAACACAAAGAUCAUUAGCAAUGUAGCAUACCAUGGAGAAUUGGAGAAGAAGGCACAAAUGGAGAAACAGCGGCAGAUAAACGAGAACGGUGAACUGGUUGAAGUCGCAACCGACAACUAUCAUCAGCAACUUGAAAACUACGCUACCGAGAUGCUUCCGCCCCCGGUAGCACUAAAUUUACCCCAGAAGAACCACUACCAAACACCCCAACAAUACCAACCUCCUCCACAAAAUUACCAACCACCCCAACAAAAUUACCAACCGCCCCCUCAAAAUUACCAACCGCCCCCUCAAAAUUACCAACCACCCCCUCAAAAUUACCAGCCGCCCCCUCAAAAUUACCAGCCGCCCCCACAAAAUUAUCAACCGCCCCCUCAAAAUUACCAACCGAGGCAGUACGAGCAAUACAAAAAUAAUACGGAGUCAUACAAACCGAGCUCGGAUGAACAGUAUUAUAAGCAGAAAUAUGAUGACUACCAGUAUCAGCAGAAUUACACGGUUGGUAAUAAUCAGAAGAUUGGCAGGAUUCAAGAUUACGAUCCAGUUAGUGAUGGACCGAGGGCGCCACCGAACACACAGAGGGCGUCGGCGACGCUCAUCUAUAACAGCACUAGUGAUGCGAAGAGAGGUGCCCAUCACCCCCAGCAGCAGGCCAGCCGUCAGAUCGGCCGGGUGACUGACAUGGAUCCGCUCGCUGAACAAGCGAAGUCAGCGCCCGUACAAAAAACUCAGAAUCAGGUGGUGUACGUAGCUAUGUACGAUUAUGAAGCGAACGAUAGCGAUGAAGUAUCAUUCCGAGAAGGCGACUACAUAUCAAACGUGACUUCGAUCGACGAAGGCUGGAUGACGGGGCAGGUCCUUCGCACCGGACACACCGGCAUGCUGCCAGCUAACUAUGUUGAACGUCUCUCAAAACCUUUACAGUAUGCUAACUAACAACACGACUC